AUGAGCAUGGGCAGUCCAGGCUGUGAGCACACCGGCUACACUGUACACUCACCUAUCUACAUCAGCCAACCCCACACUGACGCCAUGAUGGCCUGGCCGGACGAGGCGGAGGACAUCAAGCCGCCCCGCACCUUGUUGGGGCUGCCUGAGCUCAGCUGGCCGGGGGUCUACCUCCCCUGCUACGACAGACUAGCUAUGGAGGAGAACCCCUGGAUGCUGAGGAUGACAGAGGCCCCUGCUCCCGCUGUUCCUCCCUCAAGGACCCUGGAGCCGAGCCCAGCCAAGCCCACUCAACCCCCGGAGCCCCCCUCUGAGAUGGAGGGUCAGGUGGAGGAGCGCUGUCUGGAGCAGGUCCAGACCAUGGUGGUGGGAGAGGUGCUGAAGGAUAUCGACACGGCUUGCAAGCUGCUCAACAUUGCCCCAGACCCGUUGGACUGGAGCUAUGUUCACGUUCAGAAGUGGCUCCUCUGGACCGAGCACCUGUACAGACUGCCGCAGGUCAGCACGAUGUUUAAGGACGUGAGCGGGAGGGAUCUGUGCUCCAUGACAGAAGCAGACUUCAGGCAACACUCUUCGCAGUUUGGAGACAUGCUGUAUGCUCAUCUGGACAUCUGGAGGUCUGCUGCAGCAAUGAAGGAGAGUAGCCCACCGGAAGACAGCAAAUCUGCAGCUGAUGAUUCCUGGUCAGAUAUGAUACGUACCUACCCCAACCAGCCCAUCCACCUGUGGCAGUUCCUCCGAGAGCUGCUCCUCAAGCCUCAUAACUACGGCCGCUGCAUCCGCUGGCUUAACAAAGAGAAAGGGAUUUUCAAAAUAGAAGACUCCGCUCUCGUCGCCAGGCUAUGGGGCAUCAGGAAGAACCGCCCAGCCAUGAACUAUGACAAACUGAGCCGCUCUAUACGCCAGUACUACAAGAAAGGCAUCAUUCGAAAGCCUGAUGUAUCACGCAGACUGGUCUAUCAGUUCGUCAACCCCGUAUGA